CGCUUUGGGUGCGAGAGGUCCCGAGUUCGAUUCUCGGAACGCCCCACUUUUUACUUAAGAGUUAACUUUUUUUAUUUUCUUUAAUUUUUUUAUUUACUAAUCCUUACUAAUGCCAUAAAAUAUAAGCUAUUGAAACGAGAACAUUUCGUUAGGGUUUCACUUUUUACUUAAGAGUUAACUUUUUUUAUUUUCUUUAAUUUUUUUAUUUACUAAUCCUUACUAAUGCCAUAAAAUAUAAGCCACUGAAACGAGAACAUUUCGUUAGGGUUUAGCCGUGGCUAGAGAGAGAGAUGGGAAGGAGGAUACUGAACGAUGCGUUAAGAUCAAUAGUGAAUGCUGAGAGGAGGGGCAAGGCCACGGUGGAACUGAAACCAAUCUCCAACGUCAUAUCCUCCUUUCUCAAUAUCAUGAAAUAUCGAGGAUACAUAAAGAACUUCGAAGUUCACGAUCCACAUAGAGUGGGCAGGAUAACAGUUGACCUGCAAGGAAGGGUAAACGAUUGCCGGGCACUCACUUACAGGCAGGACAUCAAAGCAAAGGAAAUCGAAAAAUACAAAACACUUAAACUUCCAACUCAUCAGUGGGGUUAUGUUGUGAUUUCAACUCCGGAUGGUGUUUUGGAUCAUGAAGAAGCCAUUCGAAGGAAUGUAGGUGGGCAGGUUCUGGGUUAUUUUCAUUAGACUUGUUUAUCUUUCUGAUAGUUGUUUGAGCUCUGCUUUAUCUGUGAACUUUCAAUCAAAUAUCUAUCUGAAUUUGGUAUCGUUUAAAACGGAAUAUUAGAAUAUAUAACUUUUGGUUUGAUGCCUGUAUUUGUAUUUGAGGAUUAGAAUUUUACAGUGUUUGCUCCAUUGGUAGCCUGCUAUCUAAGGUUUUUCACUUGAAA